GCAAGAUUCGAAAUACUUGCUAAUUAGGUACUCAUCUGUGGUUUUGAGGAAUUUGAGGAUAUUGAACUAUGAUUUUGACACACACAACGUUCCUAAACAAGCAGAUUCAUUUUCGUCUUUUUUCAAAAUAUCCCGCAAAGCGGAGUUUAUACAUAUACUCCACUUCUUAUUUCGGACUCUAAACCCUGUGAAAUAUGACACGGAGUUAAGGUAUUAACCAAGUAAUUAUAUAAUCCAUAAAGGGCGUUUCUAGGGCCUAAAUCUGAUGUUGGGUUCAAGAAUGCGACUUACCGCUGGUUACGCAUUUUGUCAGCUGAGUUUCCUAAAGUGAUCUCCAACUUUUUCGCCACUUGGGGUUGCCCUGCUGGUGUUGGCGUUAUGCGUCUUCUGGCUAAUCUAUCUUCUUACGUCUUAGUAAUUUCAAACGGCAUGUUAUCCUUCAACAAACAAAUCAUGGAAAAUGACCCUAACUGUGAAUGGGUGUCAUUCAACUCUAUAGGAAUUGUUCAGCGCAAUCUAAAACGUUCACUUUCCCACAUUAUUUCGGAAGAUCUGCUCCAAAGGGAACUUCAAAAAGGAUCUGAAGCUCUGGAUGUUGAAGUUCAGCAUGCAUCAGAAGAAAUUUUGAAAUUCAAGCAGCUCAUUGUUUCAGAUUUCGAUUUACGAAAUAAUAUGAACGAUACCCAAUUGUUUUCUCUUUGUUCUGAUAAAACCAUUGGACUCCCGGACGAACUAAUUGCUUAUCAAUUGGAGUUAACAAAAAAAGUAUCCACUUUGAAACAGCAAAUUAAAACCUACUUAGACAGACACAAGCCGUCUUUACUGCAGUUUAACAAUAUACUGGAUAGUUUAAAUGAUCAUAAACCGUUUACUCUAAAUGGUUCCAAGAUGAGAUUUCUACAGUCAGGAAACAUAUUGUCAUCAUAUUUAAAUGACGAUACCAAGGAAGAACCAAAACAAAUAGAUGGCAAAUUAAAUUUUCAUUCAUUUCUACGCCAUUCAAUGAUGCUUUUACAAAUGGCUUUCAAAUCUUACAAUCCUUGUUUUACAAAUGAUAAAUUUCAAGAAUUAUCUUCUUCACAGUAUAGUUCAUUCAAUCAAAAUAGUUCAUCAGAUUGUCUUACUGUAUUUAAACAAGCUGUUGGUCAGUUUUACUCUCAAACAUCUAUCGAUUCUAAUUUUUCAACACAUUCUGAGAAGGAACUCUGUCAGUUAAUGAAAGAAAUGCGUAAUACUAUUGAUAAAUUACAAUUGGAACUAAAGGAUGAGUGGCUUCGGGAAUCACAACUGAACAUAAAAUUUCCAGAACUUUCAGCAACCUAUUCGACCAUAUCUCAACCUUGCAUUUCUUACGAAACAGGUGAUAAGUAUAAUGUAAAUAACAAGUCUAAUAACACUUUUGAUAUAUCAGCGGAGAAUACCCUAAAUAAGACAGAUGAAGCGUUACCUAUACAUGAAUCUUCUCACCAGUUGUUUAAAAAGUCACCAGCAAGGAGUAAUUUACAGUUCAACUUUCCUGAUGAAUCCACCUACAAGCAUUUAACAUCAUCACUUAAAUGUAGUCCAGUUAACGAUCCUAGAAUGAACUUCCUGGAUCUAAAGAAAGGAAACUAUUUGAAAGUUGAUCAUACAAUUUCUAAUUCGUUAUCUCCACCCCGCACGCGAGAAAUUGAAAAUACUUUGCAAAAUCUAAGUAUAAACUCACCAGAAAAUGUUCUUACCGAUGAAAUGUAUACGGAAAUUAUGUCCAGUACAACUGAUAUGUUAAAAAUGAAGGGACUUGAUUAUUGUGAAGAUAUUUUGAAAACCCAGUUUCCUGUCACAUCAUUAGUUCUGCAUAAAACACCUUCAAUAAAAUAUUCUUUAAAAGAUCUAUCCAAUAUACCAGUAUCUAUACCACCUACUUUUCUGUCAUUCUCUUCUACUAUGGAAUUAAAAGAAUCUCACUUGUGUACUCCAACAAAUAGCAGCUUCAAUCUAAUUGUAAUAAACUCAGUAACAGCACCAGUGCAAGAAUGAUUAGUGUGAUAUGACAGAAUGGAUAAAGAGAACGCAUCAACAAAUAAGUUAACAGUUAUUUUAUGAUGGAUCAAUGAAAUACAAAAUGCAUUUUAUAGUGAAUCUCACAAAUGAUGCUUAGUUCUUCAGUUAAAUCAAUCAGCGCUGAUUUCAUCUCAGAGAAGACGUAUGUCAUAAUAAAUGAAGGUACUGCUGAAACAAAUUCUUCUGUUAUCAUUUAUACUUUGUUGAUAAAAAGGAUUGUACAAAUGUAACAGAUGAUAAUCUGGAAUUUGUCAAUGAUCUGCUUCCAUCGUCUCCAAACUGACGACAGUGAUGAUUCUCUCAUUUCCAUAUGCUGUAGUUAUUCACUUUAUUUGCCUGUUAAUGUAUAAUUUUCUUCCAUAUAAAUGGUGAUAAUGACUGUUAAGAAGUAAAUAUUAUCAUGAUACACUAUUUUCUGUAUGUACUACAUGUGAAAUUAAAAGUGAAUGAUGUCUACUACCAGAAUACUUUGUAUUUAACAGAAGUAUCAGUUAACAAUAAUAUCCUCUCAAACUUUAAUGUUACAAAAUUUGCGAAAUCUUAUUUGUAAAUUAUGAGUUUUUUGUAACAUUCAGUUUUAUCUCAUUUAAUCGAAAAUUUUAUGUCUAUUUUCCAUAACUUUAGAGUUAAGUAUACCAAUUAAUUACAACUGAUAUGGUCCACCUAGCGUAGUUUAGGUACAGGAAGCUACGUAAGAUCUUUUAUUUACGUCGCAAAUGAAUCAAACUAUCUGAUUUUAACAUUGUCAUUAUUAUAUUUUACGCUAAAUAAUACUGUCAAAUCCAGGCAACCUGAGUUUGCAAAGUACUAUACCCAUGUUAAUUGUUUAGAGCUAAUAAAUUGAUGCUUCUGGAGAAUUUUAUUCAGUGUGAGACUUCUCUAUUCUUAGACUUAUGCAUGAAGUUGCAACUCAUUGUUUAUAUCAUUCAAAUCUUAAUGUGGGUCGAUCCUCUUGAGAUAGAGGCAUGUAAAACAUUGGUUAGCCCUAUUGAAAAUAUAAAAACUUCAGGUAGGAUCAGGUUGCAUGACCUCAUGUUUUUUUCAAACCAACUUCAGGCUUAUGAGGUUGCCUGGUAAUACCAUCCUUUUUCCUUGUUUUGCUUUGUUUGGUUUUUCCAAGAAUGUCUGAAAUAAAUACAUAUUUGCGAUGUAAAUCUUUUACCUUUCUACAUUUAAUAUAUGAUGUCAUUGUGUUGUAAUAUACAGGCCAAUCAAGUCAUAAUCAAUGAGAAUAUAAAUGGUUUGUGCUGUUGGUCUUCUAUAGAUUUACAUAGUCGUGUAUCUUUAUUUGUUAUUAGUGUUGAUCUGUCCAAAAGCUAGUUAGGCAUAAAUCUGUGAGACCGUUAGUACAUAUAUAAGGCUUCAAUACUGGCACUUCUGUUUUUCAUGUUUCUCGAAUUGAGUUCCCAGUGGGUUUUUUCUUAAUCAUUACGUUUUUCAUAAGAUUAACCACAUUGCGUCACAAAACAAAGUAGGUAUAACUGUAGUCUAACAGUUUAUUUGGAUAUUCAAUGUUUACCAUUUACGAUUAACUGAUCAAUAUUAGAGCAGUCCAUAGGCGCUGGACAGCCGUCUCGCCCUUGUAUGGAAGAUGGUUGCACAAUAUCGUAGAUUUAUUGAAGUUGGACACGAACACCGUUAGAUGCCGGCUUAUUAGUCCAGUGGUUAAGAGUUCGAGUGCGAGACCACAAGGUCUUAGUCCAGUUUCCGCGUACUGAAUCGUGGGUGUGCCUAGCGGAGUCCUAUACUAGAACGAAAUAUCCGUCCACUCCUUCCCGGUUUUCAAUGGUAGCCUAUCAUUUUAAUCAAAAUCGACAAUCCUCACAGACCUAUACUGAAAACACUCAUUUAUUAUGCUUGUCAAAUGAGAAGUAUUUGUUGAUCAGUAACUACUGGUUUACACAAGGAAAUCAUGUUUUAAACUCCAAUAGUAUGUCAUUUAAAAAACGUAUAAAUCAGGUAAAAGUCCACAAGUUGAAGUAUAUAUAUAAUUGAUCUGAUAAUAAUGUAUAAGAUGAGCGCAUGGUAAACACCUUCAGUAGUCACAUGUUGAAUAUGCUUGUAAAACUUAAGUUUAGAAAUUAGCAUCGAUUUGAACUACUUAUGUUUCCUUUUCUUAUCAACUUAAUG